GGGAGGAGCGGCCGGUGGCAGCGGCGGAGCGGCGGCGGGAAGGGCGGGCUCGGGGCUCCACAGCAGCGGCGGGGACGAUGCCGGUCCAUUCCCGGGAGAAGAAGGAGAAUAAUCACGAUGAGAUGGAGGUGGACUACGGAGAGAACGAGGGCAGCAGCUCUGAGGAGGAGGAGACCGAGAGCUCGUCCGUCUCCGAGGAGGGGGACAGCUCAGAAAUGGAUGAUGAAGACUGUGAAAGAAGAAGGAUGGAAUGUUUAGAUGAAAUGUCCAAUCUUGAAAAGCAAUUUACAGACCUUAAAGAUCAACUUUACAAAGAACGAUUAAGCCAAGUGGAUGCAAAGCUACAAGAGGUCAUAGCUGGAAAAGCACCUGAAUAUUUAGAACCAUUGGCAGCUUUACAAGAAAAUAUGCAAAUCCGAACCAAGGUGGCAGGUAUCUAUAGAGAGCUGUGUCUGGAAUCUGUGAAGAACAAAUAUGAAUGUGAAAUUCAAGCCUCUCGACAGCACUGUGAGAGUGAAAAGCUUCUCUUAUAUGAUACUGUACAAAGUGAACUAGAAGAGAAGAUUCGAAGACUUGAAGAAGACAGACAUAGCAUUGACAUUACCUCAGAAUUAUGGAACGAUGAGCUCCAGUCCAGGAAGAAAAGGAAGGAUCCAUUUAGCCCAGAUAAGAAGAAACCUGUUGUUGUAUCAGGCCCUUAUAUAGUUUAUAUGUUACAAGACCUUGAUAUACUUGAAGACUGGACAACAAUAAGGAAGGCAAUGGCUACGCUGGGACCACACAGGGUAAAGCCAGAACCACCUGUCAAAUUAGAAAAGCAUCUACAUAGUGCUAGAUCUGAAGAAGGAAGACUCUAUUAUGAUGGCGAAUGGUAUGGACGAGGGCAGACGAUAUGCAUUGAUAAGAAAGAUGAAUGUCCUACAAGUGCCAUAAUUACAACAAUUAACCAUGAUGAAGUUUGGUUUAAAAGACCGGAUGGAAGCAAGUCUAAGCUGUAUAUUUCUCAGCUACAGAAAGGAAAAUAUUCAAUAAAGCAUAACCACAACUGACCGUUG